AUGUGGCGUGCGCACGUCUCAAGUAGGCGUACAGUGACGGAAAUGUAUAAUGUCCUUGUGAAGAAAGGAGCUCUGAAGGAUGAUCCUGGGCAACGGGCUAUGGCUCAGGCGUGUACACCGCUUCUCAACUACAUUAAUUCCCCAGUGAAUGGUGAACUUGUGACGAAGGGACAUGCACCAUUUUUAUCUUCUGCUGCUCGUUCAGUGACAGAUGCUGUAAAGCGUCUACACCUCAAUGUGCGGCGCUACGCAUUCCCCAAUCGGAAGACGCGAGACGUGUCGAUCAACUGGCCGGAAAACGUGGGUGUUGACAAGAAAACUGGAAUAUAUAUGUGGGGAAGUGUAGGUAUUGGUAAAACUCUUAUAAUGGAUCUGUUUGAACUCUGUGAUACACCUGGUUUUACAAAGCGGCGAUCGCACCUUCACUCUUUUAUGUCUGAUAUUGUUUGGCGGCUUCACGUAGCGGAAGAGGUAGCACGAGUAACAAACGCCUCUCCGCUUGAUCUUGUAGUAAAUGAUGUUUUACAAGAGUCUCCAAUUCUUUGCCUUGAUGAAUUCCAAACAUUUGACGUUACGCACGCCGCAUUACUAUCAGGUUUUUUUUCUCGAGCACUUCCACAAGGAUUAAUUGUGUUUACAACGAGUAAUCGUCCUCCACAAGAGUUAACAUCUAUCUCUACUGCAUUCGAGCGUUUUUUACCCAUCUUAUGGCAAUACUGCGAUGUGAUUCACUGCGACAGCACAAAAGAUUAUCGCGAAAGUGCGUCAAGUAGUCAUCAUGGUACUCUUUUCCUUUCUCCCAACACAGAGGAGAAUGCGACUCGGUUGCUACAACUUGUGGAGCGAGGAUUUAUGGGUGAUUCUACUUGGAUACGAGAUACAACUAUAUGGCUUUACGGACGGGAGCUGUUGGUGCCGUUCCGCCGAGGCAGUGUUGCAUUAUUUGACUUCUCAGACAUUUGCGGCCCUCUGGGGCCACCCGACUUCCAGUGUAUAGCCAAAUCCUUUCACAUUGUUAUCAUUACCAAUGUUCCACAGAUUAGUCUAGUAAGCAAAAACGCUGCACAACAAUUCAUCAUUCUUGUUGAUGAAUUAUAUCAGUACAAUGUAAAACUGCUUUUUACGAGUGAAGUACCAUGGGAUCGUCUAGUUAGUGAAAGCGCAAGUAAUGUGACCUUUAGUAAUGAUCUCUUUUAUAGCGAAGGUGAGGAUGAACGUAGUGGUUAUUCUGCACACUACAACUUUCGUAAUACGGAAGAAUUGCUUAGUUUCGAUCGCAUCGCCAGUCGCCUAAAAGAGAUGGGAUGCCAGCACUACUUGUUGAGAGAUCAUAAUCAUUUCUUGGUAUCGGAUUACAAUCUGGCAGCGUUGUUGGAAUAA